UCCUCCCCUCUCCUCCCCUCCCCUCCCCGGGACUGCCUCCCGCACCAAUCCCAGUUUGAAGGAUGGGUUCCUCUGAAGAGGUUUAAAUAUCGGCUCUGGACCGGAGGAAUCAGAAGAGCUGUAAACAGCAGAGACGAGAGAGAAGCGCUGGUGCGAGAACACUGUGAAGGAAAUCUACAAGAGAGCGACACUCCCUGUGAAACUAAAGGGUACUAACCGUCUCAGACAGACUGACAGGCCGUGAGAGUCUUGUGGAAUCAAAGAUGGCGUUGCUGUGGCUCCUGAUUGCUCUCGGGGCGCUCUCCUCUUCACUGGGAGACGAGGAAUCCCUCGUGAGAACACGGAGAGGAACACGCAUGUACAGAGAGUACUGUAAGGACUGGCUGUCCGCGGAGGUUCACCAGCACGGGGAGACGUGGCUGCGCUGGCAUGGCCGGAGCGUGGAAUACUGCCUCUGUGCCAACAGAAAAAGCAGGUGCCACGCGGUGCCCGUUGAGGAAUGCAGCAGGAGUCGAUGCUACAACGGGGGCUCCUGCAAGCAGGCUCUCCACUCCCCCGAAUUCAUCUGCAGCUGCCCCAGCGGCUUCGUGGGACCCCAGUGUGAGAUCGACACGACGGAGAAGUGCGUCAGCGGGCGCGGGGGCGGGUACCGCGGGACCUGGGGGAAGAGCCGCUCCUCCAUCGACUGCCUGAACUGGAACUCCAGUGUCCUCAUCGACAAAAAGUACAACGCGAGGAGAGACGACUCCCUGCAGCUGGGCCUGGGGAACCACAACUACUGCAGGAAUCCGGAUAACGACACCGAGCCCUGGUGCCAUGUGUACAAAAACAAGCAGCUGGUGUGGGAGUACUGCAGUGUGCCCAGCUGUCCCCAGGUUGGCUCUGCGGAGUGCUACGCUGGCACCGGCUCGUCGUACCGCGGCUCGCGGAGCAGCACUCGCACGGGCGCCCGCUGCCUGAGCUGGGACUCGCCCGCCCUCGCCAAGAAAGCCUACAACGCCUGGAGAGUCGACGCCAGGCAGCUCGGGCUGGGCAGCCACAACCACUGCAGGAACCCAGACAACGACUCCAAGCCCUGGUGCCACGUGUACAGAGGCAGAGCCCUCACCUGGGAGCACUGCGACCUGCCCAAGUGUGUGGAUCGCCCGGUCAGCAGCUCCACUGUGGGGUCCUCAGGAUUCCUGAGUGGACACGACAAUGCAGUCGAGAGCUGUGGGAAGCGGCUGCCCCCGGUCUCUCAGUAUCGGAUUAAGGGGGGUCAGGUCUCCAGCAUCGCUGCUCACCCCUGGCAGGCCGCUCUCUUCGUGUAUAACCGCCACGCGCAUGCCGACUCCUACUUCUGCGGGGGCGUCCUGAUUGGCUCCUGCUGGCUGCUGUCUGCCGCCCACUGCUUCCAGGAACGGUUCCGUCCUAAUCUGCUCAAGGUAGUGAUGGGACGCACCUACCGGCUUCAGAACUCCACCAACGAGCAGAUCUUCAGAGUGGAGAAAUACUUCGUCCACGAGCAGUACGACGAAGAGACCUUCGACAAUGAUAUAGUGUUGUUGAAGCUGACGAGUGACACGGGGGCGUGUGCUCUGGAGACCUCCUUCGUCCGGCCGGUUUGCCUCCCCGACCCCGGCCUCUCCCUCCCGGACUGGUCUGAGUGCGAGAUCUCCGGCUACGGCAAAGAGGAGGAGUUCUCUGCCUUCUACUCUGAGCGGCUGAAGGAGGGUCACGUCCGGCUCUGGCCGUCCCGACUCUGCACCUCGGAGCGUCUCUCCGACCGGCUCGUCACGGAGAACAUGCUCUGUGCCGGAGACACGCGUGGGCUGGACGACGCCUGCAAGGGGGAUUCUGGGGGUCCCCUGGUCUGCUCCAGCGGGGGGCGGAUGAACCUCAUCGGCAUCAUCAGUUGGGGCGACGGCUGCGGGAAGAAGGACACCCCAGGGGUUUACACCAGAGUGAGCAAAUACCUGGGCUGGAUCCAAAGAAAGAUCAGCCAGGAGACACGGUAGAGCCAGCGAGACCGAGAGAGGGGAGCAGCCAACCAGCAAACCCGCAGCGCACACACACACACACACACACACACACACACACACACACACACACACACACACACACAGAGUCUGGACCGUCGGGCUAAAACCACUUCCCCUUUAACAUCACAAUGGCACACACCUGGACUGGACCCGCUAGCCCCCCCUGUGGGAUCUGUAAGAAGGACGCAGUUCUGCGCCGUGUGGAUCACUGUUACCAGGACCGCCGCAGAGAGGAAGCAGAUCAAACUAAAGGGACAGAGCCAUUCACAGCAAAACUACGGCCAGCACUUUUGUUCUAUAAAUGAAUCUCGGACUGUAUAUAUAAACUAGCGUGUGCAUCUGUGUUACUUUUUAAAAAUUGUUAAACUUUUCUAUUCUUUUGUGUAACAGUUUUAACAUGUUAAUGAUUGAGACCCGAGCCCAGGGCCCUGACAGAUUGCACAGUGACCCAAUCGUGCAUGGUGUGUGUGUGUGGGUGUGUGUGUGUGUGUGUGUGUGUGUGUGUGUGUGUGUGUGUGUUUCCAUGCACAAGGUUUUAAAGCAGGUCUAAACCACUCCCGCCCCCCAGAGAGGCUGCAUUUCAACACAGACGACUCUCCUGCAUGCAGAAGAGACCCCACCCCACCCCACAACCCAACCCAACCCAACAGCACUGUUUUUAAACUCCUUCAUUGUGUUUCAGUACAGAGAGUCCUGAAGGCUGUUGCACAGCCCAGCGAGACUCGACACACCAAGAGACUUUUUAAAAAUCUUUAUUAUUGUUAAUAUUUAUUUGUAUUGUGUGUAUUUUUAUGCAUAUAAUAAUUGUAUUGGUUAAUCUGUAUUUAUUAUGUCAUGAUUUAAUUUUUUUGUAUAAUUUGUUUUUAAAAAUAUAUAUAUUCCACUUUGAUAUAAUAA